AUGCCUCCGUCCAUGCCAUCUAUUUGUCACUGUGGUGACUGGUCCAUGGAACAUGUCUUUGAUGCCUACUUCAAGAUGCUUUCUACAGGCGAUCAGUACUUGGGUCAAAUACUUGCGGGCAAGGACCCAAAUCUUGCAUCCUUCAAAGUCUUGCCCCCACACUGGAAUGUUGAAAAUCCACUUCAAGAUCUCAGGAUAUGUACGGCAUUGCUAAAGAACUUUUGGAAAAUCUUGGAAGACCAUGGGGAGCAUGGGGAAGGCAGUUAUGACCCAACCGGAUUGUUGUUGUGUUGUUUGGCUUGCAUGGUGUGGCACUCCAAAGAAAUCUUGGACGUCAUCAAUAGCAACCCUAGUCACAAACUAUCGAUGGUACCGCUCUUCCAACCCGACUCCAAUCUAGAAGAACUCAGAGCUCUGGUUUCCACAGAUCCAACUCCAGGUGUCAUGACCACUGUUACCGGUAUUCCUCCGCAUAUUGAAGUCGCUUGUCAGCUUAAGAACAUGAGAAAAGAUCUGUUGGACCUCAUCAAAGCAACAGAGAAGAACAAAAAAGAUCGGAAGGCUGCAGAAAAAGAAUUCAGGGAACAGAUCACUAAUGCAGUUCAAGAAUCCAUUGAGCAGGAAAAUGUAAACAAUGGAAACGUCUAG